AUGUUGCGCACUCCAUUUCCAAAAAUUAAACCUUUGGUGGAUGAUGACUCUGCGUUAAAAGUAUUUCGACCAGACUUGAAUAUUCGUUUGAUAUGCCCAGAAUGUAGAAAUCCUCAACCAAAUUUGAUUGAAGAAUACUCGAGUGGGGAUGUUGUUUGCGGUGAUUGCGGUUUAGUCCUUGCAGAUCGAAUUAUCGAUACAAGAUCUGAAUGGCGUACGUUUAGUGGUGAUGAUAAUGGCUCGUUGGAUCCGUCUCGAGUUGGUGCAGCUGCAGAUCCAUUAUUGAAGGAUUCGGCAUUGGAUACAAUUAUUUCAUCAAAUGGUCAUAAAGGUCUUAAUAGAACACAUUAUAAAGUAACAACUAGUAAAUUUGACAUGACCUUAAAACAUGCAUACUCAGAAAUUGAAGCUCUUUGUGGUUCAAUGGAUUUAACAAAAGAAAUUUCUGAUACGACAAAACAAUUAUAUAGAAGGACCAUUGAGGAAAAAUUAUUGCGUGGGAAAAAUCAAAUGGCAAUUUUCUCUGCAUGUAUUUAUAUUGCAUGUAGGGUUAAAAAGGUUGCGAGAUCUUUUAGAGAAAUUUGCCUUUCAUCACAAGUUUCUAAAAGAGAGAUUGCAAGAUGUUUUAAAAUACUAUAUAAUAAUUUAGAAUUGAAUGUUGGUCAAAUGACUGCUGAAGAUUUAAUGAUUAGAUUUUCUCAGAGUUUAAACUUGUCUAGAGAUCUUCAAAUCAUCGCCACAAGAUUAAGCAAGAGAACAAAUGAUUUAGGUUUACUUUCUGGUAGAAAUCAAAAUACCGUCGCUGCUGCUUGUAUUCAUUAUGCAUCUGAAAUUUCUCAUGGUGGGAUCCCUAUUGAUAAUCUCGCUAAAGUUUCUGGAAUGGCUACUAGUUCUAUCAAAUCUGUUUAUCGAUUACUUCACGCUGAGAGAGAAAGAUUUCAAGAUAUUAUUGACAAUAAAGAAAAGAUCGUUUUAACCAAGUAA